CAGCGGGCGCAGAGGCGGCGGGCGGGAGUCGGGGGUUCGCGGGCCAGUCCGACGGCGGAGACCCCGGCCCGGGAUCGGACGGGUCUCGGGGCGAUCGGCCGGCUGCGGAGGGUCUCUCGGGCGGCCCCCCAACGAGCCGGGGCGGGGGGCUUUCUGCACGGAGCCCGGAGCCAUGGGCCCGGGGCCCCCCGCGGCGGGAUCGGGGGCGCCCCCGCGGGCCCUGUCCCUGGCGGCGCGGCUCAGCUACGCCGUGGGCCACUUCCUCAACGACCUGUGCGCGUCCAUGUGGUUCACCUACCUGCUGCUCUACCUGCACUCGGUGCGCGCCUACAGCUCGCGCGGCGCCGGCCUGCUGCUGCUGCUCGGCCAGGUGGCCGACGGGCUCUGCACGCCCCUGGUGGGCUACGAGGCCGACCGCGCCGCCGGCCGCUGCGUCCGCUGCGGGCCCCGCAAGGCCUGGCACCUUGUCGGCACCAUCUGCGUCCUACUCUCCUUCCCUUUCAUCUUCAGCCCCUGCCUGGGCUGCGGGGCCACCACCCCCGAGUGGGCUGCCCUGCUCUACUAUGGCCCCUUCGUCGUGAUCUUCCAGUUCGGCUGGGCCGCCACGCAGAUCGCCCACCUCAGCCUCAUCCCCGAGCUCGUCACCAAUGACCAUGAGAAGGUGGAGCUCACGGCUCUCAGAUAUGCCUUCACCGUGGUGGCCAACAUCACCGUCUACGGCGCCGCCUGGCUGCUGCUCCGCCUGCAGGGCCCCUCGCCCGCGGAGCCCACCCAGGGCAUUAGUGACCAGCUGGGGGUCCAAGAUGUGCCCGUGUUCCGGAACCUCUCCCUCUUGGUGGUGGGCGUCGGAGCCGUCUUCUCACUGCUGUUCCACCUGGGCACCAGGGAGGGGCGCCAGCCGCGGCCGGAGGAGCCGGAUGAACACAGCCCCCUGUUGACCCCUGCCCGGCGUUUGCUACUCUGGAAACACUGGCUGCGGGAACCGGCCUUCUAUCAGGUGGGCCUGCUGUACAUGAGCACGCGGCUCAUCGUCAACCUGUCCCAGACAUACAUACCCAUGUACCUCACCUACUCCCUCCACCUGCCCAAGAAGUUCAUUGCAACCAUCCCCCUGGUGAUGUACCUUAGUGGCUUCUUCUCCUCCUUCCUCAUGAAGCCAAUCAACAAAUGCAUUGGGAGGAACCUGACCUACUUCAUGGGCCUCCUGGUGAUCCUCGUCUUCGCGGCCUGGGUGGCGCUGGCCGAGCAGCUCGGUGUGGCCGUGUACGCAGCAGCCGUGCUGCUGGGCGCAGGCUGUGCCACCAUCCUGGUCACCUCGCUGGCCAUGACGGCCGACCUCAUCGGCUCCCACACGCACAGCGGAGCCUUCGUGUACGGCGCCAUGAGCUUCUCGGAUAAGGUGGCCAAUGGACUGGCCGUCAUGGCCAUCCAGAGCCUGCACCCCUGCCCCUCGGAGCUCUGCUGCGGUGCCUGUGUGGGCUUCUACCACUGGGUGAUGGUGGCCGUGACGGGCGGCGUGGGCAUGGCAGCCACCCUCAUCCUGAGCAGCCUCUUCCUCUGGCCCAUCCGCCUGCGCAGCUGGGACCCUGUGGCCCAUGCCUGAGGCCACCCCCACUCCUGCCUCUGCAGAUGCGGCCACCGUCUGUCACCCGCGGCGUCCAGCCCUUUGCUGGGUGAUGGGGAGACCCCGGUGGGUUGCCCCUGGGGUGGGGCCACCUUGCUAGGCCUUCUGCUCUCCGGGGGCCCGGGGGAUCCUCCGGGGUUUGGGGAAGUCCCAAGCCCCACUCUGAUCCACUCCCGACUCUCUGGACUUGGGGUGCCCCUUCUCUCGGGAUCCUGGGGGCAGGGGGCGAGGGCCCCAGAAGGGCCUCCCCGGAGUUCACCCCUCACUUCCGGCCUGGCUGGAGUCUCCCCACAUCCUGCCGGGCUCCCUUGGGGACGGCGUUGGCAUGAGCCCGUCGGGAGACCCAGGCCUGGGGUGGGCUGCCCUGCUGGUCCCGUGGCCGCCAAGAUGCCUUUGGGGUUCGGGACGCCUGCACCCGGGGACUGCACUGAUGAGGUGGGGGGCCGUGGCUGCGGCUCCUGGUUACCUGGGGCCCAGCCUCACCCCCGAGGUGGGGGAGCUGACGGCGGGGAGCGGGCCCCCUGCCUGCUGGCUGAGCCCCUCUGCCCCGUCCCCCACAAUGGACGGACACACGGUGGGGGAAAGAGAGGCGAGUGGUGAGCAGGACUCUGGUGAGGAUUAAGCGGGGAGCAGGGAGGGCCCGUGUGGCCGAGGGGGCCGGGCUGGGGUCCUCGGGGUCCCCUCUGCGUCAGAGUUCAGCUGGGAGCCGCUGGUGGGUGGAGGGGCAGUAGGGCUCCAGCGGCCAGUGCCGGAAGUCCUGGGCCGUGUAGCGCGGGCACUGGGGUGCCGGCAGGAGGGCCACGUAGUCGCUAGCCUGCGAGGAUGGCUGUACCCCGAAUCUGUUCCUGUUGAUGGCUGUGGGCCGCAGGGCGGGGUCACUGUGGGUUCCCCUGCUUCCGCAUCCCGGGCUGGCUAGGGGCUCUGUCCCCCGGGACGGACUGCAGGGAGGUGCCUCGUCGCCCUUGUUUUCCACAGGGGCCCCCCCUCCUAGACCCCAUCCUCACCGUACUCCUUUCCCCGGGUAGGUCUGUCCUUCCAGAACGUGCUCCCCCAGCGAGUGUCGGGGUUCAGGUACUGGGCAGGAACCAUGGGUUUGUACCAGGCCGUCUCCCGCAGGUGCUGGGUGUAGGCUGGGGAAAUGGGGGGGACGAGGUCGUUUUGGCUCCAUGCCCCUCCCCCAGAUGCCAAGGGCCUGGGGGUUUGGGGGUGCCCUGGGCCGGGGGGUUGCUGUGGCAGCUGUGCCAGCGGAUGUAGGCCUCGCGGUGGGGCUGGUCCGGGGCCCGGGGCAACGCAUACCAGGUGUCGCGGGUGUCCACGUUGGUCAGGCCCGUGUGCCACGGCUGGCCGGCCGCGUCGCUCCCCAUGGGCGUGAACUUCCAGCGCGUUGCCUGCUUGAUGGCCGGCAUCCAGCGCGGCCCCUCCAGGGACACGCAGGCAUCACUGGGGACAGCGGGGAUGGGGGAGGUCGAGGUGAACCCCCAGGCCUCACUUUGCCCAUCUCUAAAACGGGCACAUGCCACUUUGGCGAUGCCGGGGUGCAGGGGUGGUGAUGAGUGAGCUCUGCAGGCCCCCCCUCCACCAUAUCUGUCAUCGAGCACUGGACACCCCGUUUCCCCUUCUCCUGGCUGACCCCACUGGACCUUCCAUCUUGAAGUGUUUUAUUGCCUCUGCCUCAGGAGACACCAGUGAGGGAGGGGAUCCGGGCCUCCUCCAGGAAGCCCCCCUGCUGCACCUGCACCUUGCUCUGGUCUCGCCCUCUUUAGUCCGGCCCGGGAGCCGCGGCCAUCGCCACCUGCCAGGUCCCAGGGGCCGGCCGGGCAUCCCCGGAGCCCACGUUUAAAGGGGAAACCGCAGCCCUGCUGGGUGAUCCUGGAGGGCUUCCCUGAGGAGGCACCAGUGGGGGUGGGUGGGCAGACAACCCCAGGCAGGAGGGGACAGGCUGAGGGACAGAGAUGAAGGCCACCGAGGCUGCCAGGCAGAGGGACGUGGAAAUCUAAAGCUCGGAAAUCAACGCUACCGUGGAAUCCGAGAAGAAAGCAAUAAAACCCAAAGCUGGCGACACUGCAGGGAAAUGUGCCCGGGCGGACGGUCACCUGGCAGCUCCUCUGGGGACACAUCACGGUGGCCCUGCUUCUCGAGAGACGGGAAGGUGUUCGUGGGCUGGGACCUGGCGGCUUCGAUCUUGGGGGUGGUCCCAGGAAUGUCACCCCCGGAGAACGAGGCUGUGCCCGAGGAAAGUGGGAGCUGGGCCACCCGCGCGGCCAUCCUGUCCUGUGUCCCUCGGGCCUUGUGGGGAACCCGGUGUGGAGUUGUCACCCCCACCUCGAUCAGAUUUAAAGGGAAGCUGGGUGUCUCGGGAAAUGUGGGACCUCAGCCUGGGGGUUCACACUGGGUCAUCGGGGGUGCCUCGCCCUUACAAACAUCUUUGAACCCCUAAACCGUGUGCACGAGGUUUUUUAAAGUGCCAUUAAAACUGGAUAAAAUCAUA